CCGCCGUCCCCGCUUGGCCGCCAGCAGCGCAGCGAAAGCGUCUCCACGUCGGAUGAGGAAAGCCUACCUGGAAACAGGAGUGACCUGAAGGUGUCCCCAAACCCUGGCAAGAGGAAGAAGAGGCGGCACAGGACUGUCUUCACUACCCAGCAGCUGGAAGAGCUGGAAAAGGCGUUCAGCGAGGCACACUACCCUGACGUGUAUGCCCGGGAAAUGCUGGCCAUGAAGACUGAGCUCCCUGAAGACCGAAUACAGGUCUGGUUUCAAAAUCGGAGGGCCAAGUGGCGGAAGCAGGAGAAGCGCUGGGGCGGCAGCAGCGUGAUGGCCGAGUAUGGGCUCUACGGGGCCAUGGUGCGACACUGCAUCCCUUUGCCCGACUCUGUCCUCAACUCCGCCGAGGACAGCCUGGCCGGUUUCUGUGCGCCCUGGCUCCUAGGGAUGCAUAAAAAAUCCACAGGGGUGAUAAGGAAACCUGGAAAUGAAGAAAAGCUGGCUGGAUUCUGGGGCCCUGACCACCUCAAGGAAGGUUCUAGUCCAAGUCAGGCAAGAUCCCAGAGCGUCGUCAAUGCAGCCAGUCCUGAGAGUAACUUGGAAGAUGUUGCCAUUGAUCUCUCCAGCUCCACAUGGCAGGAAACCAAGACGGUGCACCAGGGGGCCAAUGCUCAAGAUUCAGACAGGCUCCAGCCUAGGAAGGUGGGAGCCUUCUGAGGCCCACAGGUCCCACCCUCAAAGGUUGGACAUUCUUCACUUUGGCUUUUUCAAAAAACAGAAGUUGUCCAGGACAAAUCAUCUCAGUUGGGUUUCCUGCUAGUGUCAGGAUAAAAUUCAAUGCCAUUUGUUUUAAGAAGACGAAUGGGUGACUUGGGAAAAACUCUGUUUUGCUCUAGAGUGGAAAUACUCCUUAAAGGCACUUGAACCAGUUAAUGUGGUAUAAACAUUUUAUUGUCUUCUGUAGAACUUGAGGAGGGAAGAUUUUCAUUCAAACAGCAUUUUCACUGCUGGGCAUCAUUUGAGAUUUGGUUCAAUUAAUGGGUUAGGUCUGAUAUCCUCACUCUGAACUCAAAAAUAUAAAAUUACUUAACCUCCAGAGAAUCAGAUGUCUUCAUAGAUAGUGAAGACCCCAUGCAGACAUAUGAAUGAGUUAUAUUACCUUUAUCUUGAACUUGACUUCAGACAGUUCGAUUUUCUCACCAGGCAAUAAUUUUGCAUUCUCCUGAGUUUCAUUUGAUAUGCUAUGUGUGUUGGAGUUCGUAAAAAACAAAAAAACAAAGCAUGAUUUCCCCUUUCUUUUGGAAAUAACAUGGACCAUAUCUAAAUAAUUGUUGAUUAUUUAUAAACAGUGUUUUAA